UAGUACCGGUACGUAGCUAGCUACUAUCAUAGAAAGCGGAGGACCGAGUGAGACCACACGACACGACGAACGAUCACAUUUUCUUUUGAACACAUCGAAAAGAUCUUCGGUUCUUCUCAACAAAACUGGGGUUUUCAACAACCACAACUGAGAAGUCUCCGCUGCCGCAGCAUCAAGGAUCAUCCAGAUUGCUUGGUUCAUUCAGAGAGAGAAACUGCACUGCCAAAGCAACAUAACCAUGUCCACCACAGGAGCCAACAAGAAUUUGGACACCAUGUCCUAUCGUCAACUUCAGCUGGAAUGCCAGAGAGCAAAUCUCAGAGCAUCAGGCAAGGCUCAGGUUCUCCGAAAACGGCUCCGUCAAUCUAAGAAGGUUGAAGCAACUCAACCUCCCGCAAAGCGUCCCACGAAAUCCGCAGCCGAUGAUUUGAUCUGUCCCAUCAGUUUGGAGUUGCCAUGGGACCCUGUGACAGCUGAGGAUGGACGAGUCUAUGAGCGGGAAUGCAUUGAGGAGCAUAUCAAGAAGAAUCCAGGGAAUCUCACAUCCCCCAUCACCAGAGAAAAGAUGGGCACCAGAAUUUUUCCGGCCAUCCAGCAUCGAAACACCAUUGAGACUUUGAUCGAAUCUGGUGUCAUUGAUGGAGAUUUGGCUGCCAAGUGGAAUGAAAAGGUGGAACAGAAGAAGCAGAUGGAAGAGUUGUUGAAGAAAGCGGAAGCAGGUGAUGCAGAUGCUAUGUAUAGUGUAGGAGUGUAUUAUUUUGUUGGCAACGAUGGCUUCAAGCAAGAUGACAAAUUGGCCUUCCACUGGUACAAGCGAGCUCACGAGGCCAGGAACAUCAUGGGCACGGCAAUGCUGGCUGCCGGGGGGUCGGAUGUAGGAGCAUACAACUUGGGAUUUGGGUUUGCCAAGGGAGAGUAUGGCUUGAGUGCCACUAAAUCAGAGGCAAUCUACUGGUUGACAAAGGUCACUGGGAAAUGUCGUGUCGACCACUUAUCAGAUUCUUCAAAGAAGGCAGCUCGGAAAUUGCUUCAUGAACUCAUCACAGCCCCACCAGCAGCAGCGGUCACAUUUGAGUUUUGA